ACCCGGUGGAGAUUUAUCCGGGAUUUCACCCAAAAACAGCCCCUCACCAAGCUAUCACUUUCAUUUCUUCUUUUCUCUGCGUGGAGGAGGAAGCGAGAAUUACAAGCAAGUCAUAAUAUUUUUUCUUUUCUCGUUCCUUUUUUCCCCCCCUCUAUUUGAAUCACACUUCUUAUCUUCUUAGCUAAUAUUUCGCUUUACGAACCAAAUCCAGUAAGAGGCGCUGGUUAGCCGCUCCGCUUAACUCAAACCUCCCAUCAGUCUAUUCCAUUUUCCCUCUCCGUAUUAGCUUGCUAACUUACCCAGGCGACGGUAACUCUGUCCCUCCAUCUGCGCGCCGACAUGCCGGAGUACCUGGAGGACCCGUCUGUGCUCACUAAGGACAGGCUGAAGAGCGAGCUGCUGGCCAACAACGUGGAGCUUCCGAGCGGCAAUCCGACCAAGGACGUGUACGUGCAGCUGUAUCUGAAGAACCUGACCGCUCAGAACAAGAAGCAUGUCACGGCCCCGAGUUUGGACGCCUUCUCCAGCGACGAGGAGCUGCCGCCGCCCGUGGUCUCCAACAGAAGUCGCUCGUCCGGCAGAAAAGCCACCAGGAAAACAGACAAGGUUCGGCCGGUCGAGCUGGAUGUGACUGCGCUGACCGACGAGGGCCUGAGGGACGAGCUGCUCAAGCACGGAGUGGAUGCGGGGCCCAUCGUGGCUUCCACCCGUAAGCUGUACGAGAAGAAACUGCAGAAGCUGCUGGACGAAGGCCCCGCGCAGCCACCGCUGCCGCAGCUGGUGCUCACCAACAUACAGGUCAACCACAACGGCAACUCUGAAUCAGACCUGUACAGUGACAAGGAGGAUGAAGGGACAACAGUGCCAGAACCAGAGCCCGUGGCAGAACCCGAACCAGCUCCUCAGACGGAGAGACCGGUGAGGAGCCGAGGGAAGACGCCCGUCACCGCCCGCACCCGCAGCAGCCAGCACCACACGGUGGAGAAGAUCACAGCCAGUGAACAAAACCCAAAGGUGGAGGAGAACGAUGUUCUGAAGGAGCUGUUCCCCAAUGACAUUAACAGCCCAACAGGAAUCACCGCCACCUGUCGACGACCCAUCCGAGGAGCCGCCGGCCGCCCACUGAAGUCCAGCGACCUGUGGAACAACGAAAACUGCCUCUUCUCCCCAAAAACCACCAAGACCAGCAGCUUCUCGUCCUCUUACACAGAGAGCCGCACUGUCAACAGAGUCACCGGCCUGCCCCCUUCCACCCCUUCCAACACCUUCACCUCCUCUACCACAGCCUCCUCCUCCUCUUCCUCCCCCUCCUCCUAUUCCUCCUCCUCUUCUUCCAGGCUUCUGACUGCAGCUCCCCCUGCAGGUCAGGCCAAAGCAGCACGCCGCCGUUCAUCUCUGUGGAUUAAGCUGUUCCUGCUGGCCAUUGUGGCUGCUUUCCUGUUCAUGGUUUACCAAGCCAUGGAGACCAACAUGAUCGGCCCAUUUAUAGCCCAAACAGGCAAAGAAUCGACCAGUGGCAGCACCGCGUAGAGAGCACAGGAAAUGUCUGAGGGGGGGAAAGAGGAGCCUGUCUGCUUCUACUUUUUCGUUAAGUGUGAAUCUUCAUUGUAGCCAUUUUGUUCACGGGUGCUGUGAAAUUACCUCUGACAUCAUCGCCCGUUUUGUCCUCAAGUUUUCUAUCUUUAUUUUUUUUUCCCCCCCUUUGUCUCUAAAUCCCUUUUCACUGAAUUCCUAAACACGUAGCCGUUUCAGUGACUCUUCAAGGAAUCUCCCAUGACCAUGUUGUGAAAGGACAGUACCGCGUCUGCUGUUGUUUCAGUCCACCCUCGACCUCGCCGUCUGUGAGGUCACAACAAAGCCAGCCACUAAAUCAACUUUGAGAAACACAAACACAGGAGAUUUCAUAGAAAUGUGGACUCACUUUUUAUUACUGUGUUUUGUUUUGCUUUGUUUUGUUUUUUUUUUCAAACUUGCAUGGUGUGUGUGUGUGUGCGAGUGUGUGCGUGUUUGUACUGAAUGUGUGCGGUUGAGAUAUUUUUUGAGAAAAAUUUUUUCUUUUUUCACACUUUGCCUUAGUGUCUUUCUCUGUCAUUAACAUCCUUGAAGAUGGAAUUUGAACCUAUAUAAUUUUGUUUUGUACUUUACUUGACCGUCUUUGUUAAUGAGACAGGGAGGCUUGUUAUUAUAAUCCAAAUGCUUCUAAAUCUUCUUGAAACCUAAGCCAAUAUUUUCUUAAUGUCCUCUUAUAAUAAAAUUGAAUGUCCCAGUGUAUUCUACUUAAUUAUGUAUUCACUGUCACAAAUAUGAAAUAUCCACUCAAUAAACUAUUGUUGUUACUGUACCUGAAA